AUGGACUCCUCUUUUAACGUUACAGAGCAUAUCAUCCAGGCCCAAUAUAUAAGGGAGUACCCCAGAACAACAUAUCCCCAGGAUGCCCCAGUGAAGCUUAGUAUCAAGAAAUACACCCCUAAAAGUAAUCAAAAUCCGCAAGAGGGCGAUAUAACCAUAAUUGGGGCGCAUGGAGUUGGAUUUCUCAAAGAACUUUAUGAGCCGUUAUGGGAUGACCUUUUGGCUAGGAGCAAGAAGGAUGGCUUUCGUAUUAGAGCAAUCUGGAUAGCUGAUUGCGCCAAUCAAGGAGCCAGUGGGGUCCAAAACGAGAACAUUAUGGGCAAUGAAACAUCAUGGUUUGAUCAUGCCCGUGACCUUUUGCAUAUGAUCAACCAUUUUCGAGAGGAUAUGCCACGGCCGAUCAUGGGUGUAGGACAUAGCGCUGGGGGAUCACAGCUAAUACUGUUAUCACUGAUGCACCCUCGCUUGUUCUCAUCAUUGACCUUACUGGAUCCCUACCUGAUCCCCGACAACCGGGAUGUCAAUGCUCUGACUCUGUUCUACCUGACAGUGACGCGAAGGGAUAUCUGGUCCUCUCAGAAAGAAGCAGAGAGGUUUAUACGCAGAGCUCUGCGCAGCUGGGAUCCACGUGUGCUCGACCGCUGGGUCCAUUAUGGUUUCCGCAUCUUACCAACCGCGAUCUAUCCUGAGGUUAACAAGGAUAACGGGGAUGAUGAGGUUCCAGUGACACUAACCACCACAAAACACCAGGAGGCAUUUACACUCGCUCGCGCGAAUUUAGACGGGCACACACAGCUGGGUCUGUCGGAAAGCAAGACAGCAGCGGACAACCCUGAAAUGGUCGGUAAACCCCAUGAUGCACUUUUUCUACCUGACAUUCUUGGACCUCUGUUGGAUGGGCAGAAGUUCUACCGCCCAGAUUCUGUUCUUGCGUACCGUCUGCUACCACACCUUCGACCCGGGGCUCUAUUCGUCAGUGGUGCUGAAAGUGGCCUUUACGAAAAAGGGCACCAGAGUGAAGCCGUCAGAAUGGCAGGCACCGGAUUUUCUGGUAGUGGCGGCCAACGGUAUUCUCGUGUAAAACAUAUCGUCAUGGACAAAGGGAGCCACACAUUUCCAAUGGAAAUGGUAACCCAAACGGCAAGUUAUAUCGGGCCGUGGAUUGCGGCGGAAAGUGAGCGUUGGCGCAGGGAUGAACAGAGAAUUGCCGCCGGGUGGGAAGGUCUCUCUGUCAAGGAAAGGUCGACCAUCCCAGAGGACUGGAAGGCGCCACUGAGUAUUUGGAAGCCCGUUGACAAAAGAUCCGCUAAAUUAUGA